GGCGGCCCGCAGGCGGGGCUGCAGCUGCCACGUUGGAGCGGAGCGUGGAGGUGGCCCUGGGCCGCGGAGGAGGGGCGGCGGCGGAUCCGGGGAGAGUCCGACGUUCGCCGGCUGACGCAGGACAGGUCGCGGAGGUCUGCCAGGUGUGUCUGCCGUUCGGUUCCUGCCCCUCGCCAGGUUCGUUGUCCGCUGCCGAGGCCCGAGGCCCGCUCUCCACUGACGGCGCGCCCCUGUCUCGUUUCGGCCUCGCCGGGACAACGCCUGGAGUCGCCGCCGCCGGGUGAUCGCGCCCGUCAUCCUCCGCCAACGUUUCCAGGCUGCCCUGCUCCGGAGUGUGUUUGAGCAGAAUGAAGUUAAAGGAAGUAGAUCGUACAGCAAUGCAGGCAUGGAGCCCUGCCCAGAACCACCCCAUUUACCUCGCCACAGGAACGUCUGCUCAGCAGUUGGAUGCAACAUUUAGUACCAAUGCUUCCUUGGAGAUAUUUGAGUUUGACCUUUCGGACCCAUCCUUGGAUAUGAAGUCCUGUGCUACUUUCUCCUCUUCUCACAGGUACCACAAGUUGAUCUGGGGACCUCAUAAGAUGGAUUCCAAAGGAGAUAUUUCUGGAGUUCUGAUUGCAGGCGGAGAAAAUGGAAACAUUAUUCUUUAUGAUCCUUCUAAAAUCAUAGCUAAAGACAAGGAGGUUGUGAUUGCCCAGAAGGACAAGCAUACUGGGCCAGUGAGAGCCUUGGAUGUAAACAUUUUCCAGACCAAUUUGGUAGCCUCUGGUGCUAAUGAAUCUGAAAUCUACAUUUGGGAUCUAAACAAUUUUGCAACUCCAAUGACACCAGGGGCCAAAACACAGCCGCCAGAAGACAUCAGCUGCAUUGCAUGGAACAGACAAGUCCAGCAUAUUUUAGCAUCAGCGAGUCCCAGUGGCCGGGCAACUGUGUGGGAUCUUAGGAAAAAUGAGCCGAUCAUCAAAGUCAGCGAUCACAGUAACAGAAUGCACUGCUCUGGGCUGGCGUGGCACCCGGACGUUGCUACCCAGAUGGUCCUGGCCUCUGAGGAUGAUCGAUUACCCGUGGUCCAGAUGUGGGACCUUCGGUUUGCCGCCUCUCCUAUCCGGGUUCUGGAAAAUCAUGCCAGGGGAAUUUUGGCAAUUGCUUGGAGCAUGGCCGAUCCUGAGUUGUUACUAAGCUGUGGAAAAGAUGCUAAGAUUCUGUGCUCCAACCCUAACACUGGAGAGGUAUUGUAUGAACUUCCUACCAACACACAGUGGUGCUUUGACAUCCAGUGGUGUCCUCGAAAUCCUGCUGUCCUGUCAGCUGCUUCCUUUGAUGGACGGAUCAGUGUUUAUUCUAUCAUGGGAGGGAGCAUAGACGGUUUAAGGCAAAAACAAGUUGACAAGCUUUCAUCAUCUUUUGGGAAUCUCGAUCCCUUCGGCACAGGACAGCCCCUUCCUCCGUUACAAAUCCCACAGCAGACCACUCAGCACAGCAUAGUGCUCCCCCUGAAGAAGCCACCCAAGUGGGUCCGAAGGCCUGUCGGUGCCUCCUUCUCAUUUGGAGGGAAACUGGUGACUUUUGAGCAUGCUAAAGUGCAGCCUCAGCAGGGAGCGGAGCCGCAGCAGCAGCGGCAGCACGUGUUCAUCAGUCAGGUGGUGACGGAGAAGGACUUCCUGAGCCGCUCGGAGCAGCUGCAGCAGGUUGUGCAGUCCCAGAGCUUCACCAGUUACUGCCAGAGGAAGAUCGAUGCGUCUCAGACUGAGUUUGAGAAGAAUGUGUGGUCCUUCUUGAAGGUAAACUUUGAGGACGACUCUCGUGGGAAAUACCUCGAGCUUCUCGGCUACAAGAGAGAAGAUCUGGGGAAGAAGAUUGCUUUGGCCUUGAACAAAGUGGAUGGAUCUGAUGUGGCUCUUAAAGACCCUGACCAAGUAGCACAGAGUGAUGGGGAGGAGAGCCCCGCUGCUGGAGAGCAGCUCUUGGGAGAGCAAAUUAAAGAGGAAAAACAGGAGUCUGAUUUUCUGCCUUCAGCUGGAGGGACGUUUAACAUCUCCGUCAGUGGAGAUAUUGAUGGAUUAAUUACUCGGGCUUUGCUGACUGGCAAUUUUGAGAGUGCGGUUGACCUUUGUUUACAUGAUAACCGAAUGGCUGAUGCUAUUAUAUUAGCCAUAGCAGGUGGACAAGAACUCUUGGCUCAAACACAAAAAAAAUACUUUGCAAAAUCUCAAAGCAAAAUUACCAGGCUCAUCACUGCUGUGGUGAUGAAAAACUGGAAGGAGAUUGUUGAGUCCUGUGAUCUGAAAAACUGGAGAGAGGCCCUCGCUGCAGUGUUGACUUAUGCUAAACCGGAUGAAUUCUCAGCCCUGUGUGAUCUCUUGGGAGCCAGGCUUGAGAGUGAAGGAGACAGCCUCCUGCAGGCUCAGGCGUGCCUCUGCUAUAUUUGUGCGGGGAAUGUAGAGAAAUUGGUUGCUUGUUGGACAAAAGCUCAAGAUGGUAGCAAUCCUUUGUCUCUCCAGGAUCUGAUUGAGAAAGUUGUCAUCCUCCGAAAAGCUGUGCAGCUCACCCACGCCAUGGACACGAAUACUGUAGGAGCUCUUCUGGCUGAGAAGAUGAGUCAGUAUGCCAGUUUGUUGGCGGCCCAGGGUAGCAUUGCCACAGCCUUGGCGUUUCUGCCUGAUAACACCAACCAGCCAAAUAUCGUGCAGCUGCGUGACAGACUCUGCAGAGCCCAAGGGAAGCCUGCGCCAGGACAGGAAUCAUCUAAAAGUCCUUAUGAGAGGCAGCCACUGUCCAAGGGCAGACCUGGACCAAGUGCUGGCCACCCACAGAUGCCCAGAGUUCAGACCCAGCAAUAUUAUCCCCAUGGAGAAAACCCUCCACCUCCAGGCUUCAUAAUGCAUGGCAAUGUUAAUCCAAAUACUGCUGCUCCGCUGCCAACAUCUCCAGGCCAUAUGCACAGCCAGCUGCCACCUUAUCCACAGCCACAGCCUUACCAGCCAGCCCAGCAGUAUUCCUUCGGAACAGGGGGGUCAGCAGCUUACCGACCUCAGCAGCCUGUUGCUCCUCCUGCUUCUAAUGCUUACCCUAACACCCCAUACAUAUCCCCAGCCGCUCCUUAUUCCGGGCAGCCUCAGAUGUACACAGCGCAACAAACCUCCUCACCUACCUCCAACUCUGCUGCUUCUUUCCCCCCUCCCCUUUCCUCUGGAGCAUCCUUCCAGCAUGGCGGACCAGGAGCUCCACCAUCAUCUUCAGCUUAUGCACUGCCUCCUGGAACAACAGGUACACCGCCUGCUGCCAGUGAGCUGCCUGCAUCCCAAAGAACAGGUCCUCAGAAUGGUUGGAAUGACCCUCCAGCUUUGAACAGAGGACCUAAGAAGAAGAAGAUGCCUGAGAACUUCAUGCCUCCUGUUCCCAUUACAUCACCAAUCAUGAACCCUGCUGGUGACCCCCAGUCACAGAUGCUGCAGCAGCAACCUUCAGCUCCUGGGCCACUGUCAGGCCAGGCCUCCUUCCCACAGCCGCACCUUGCAGGUGGCCAGCCCUUCCAUGGUGUACAGCAACCUCUUGGUCAAACAGGCAUGCCCCCAUCUUUCUCAAAGCCCAACGUUGAAGGGGCGCCAGGAGCUCCUAUUGGGAACACCAUCCAGCACGUUCAGGCUCUGCCAACAGAAAAAAUUACCAAGAAACCUAUUCCAGAUGAGCACCUCAUUCUGAAGACCACGUUUGAAGAUCUUAUCCAGCGCUGCCUGUCUUCAGCCACAGAUCCUCAAACCAAGAGGAAGCUAGAUGAUGCCAGCAAACGCCUGGAGUUUCUGUACGACAAACUUAGGGAACAGACACUUUCCCCAGCCAUCAUCAACGGUCUGCACAGCAUUGCCAGGAGCAUUGAGACGAGGAACUACUCGGAAGGGUUGAGCGUCCACACGCACAUCGUCAGCACCAGCAACUUCAGUGAGACAUCCGCGUUCAUGCCGGUCCUCAAGGUCGUCCUCAGUCAGGCCAGUAAGCUGGGCGUCUGAGACAGCAGCCCAGCCCGUUGUCAUCACUGCUUCUCCAAAGAAAGCCACGCUGAGACUGGACCAACCCCUCAUUAGCAUGUUUCCGUGGCAGCCACUCAGGAGCUUUGACGUUAUUUCUGCAGGUACACUCACCCUAGAACUGCUUGAGCCCUGUUGUUUUCUUUCUUUUAACCCUCUUGCCCAUUAUGAUUUCUUGUUCUGCAAAUAGUGUCUGCCCUGGACUGCACACAGUGGCUUCCUGAGGGCUCUGACAAAGAGUGGAUUUAAAUCUUCAGUGUACUUUUUAGAAAAACUGCAUCUGGCUGUGUAUAAAAUGGACCUAAAACUAAUUUUCUCUCAUGUCUUCCCUACUUUCUCCAUCAAUCAGAUUAAAGUGUGUAAUCCUAUCUUA